AUGGCUGACGUCCACGGCUUUUGUGAUCCCGCCUUUGACUCUUUGCGUGCUCUUCUCCAACAGAGGCUUGCCGAAGGCCACGAAGUAGGUGCUUCCCUUUGUAUCAACAUCGAUGGAAAGAAUGUCUUGGAUCUUUGGGGUGGUUUUGCAGAUCCCAGCCAGACCGAGCCAAAACCAUGGGGCAAAGACACGAUUACAGCAGUGUGGUCAAAUACCAAAAUUGUCACAAGCCUAGCAGCUCUCAUCCUCGUCAACCGUGGCCAAUUGAAUUUGAAUGAGAACGUGGCAACCUAUUGGCCUGAGUUUGCGGCGAAUGGUAAAGAUGACAUCAAGAUCUCACAAAUUCUUAGCCAUUCUUCUGGAGUUACUACCAUCGAGAGAUACCUUACUCCCGAGGAAAUGCAAGAUAGAGAGACGAUGCUUCUGAAGCUCGCCGAAGACUUGCAUGAUCUGGAGAAAACUGCCGCGUUGCUUGCAGAACAACCUCCUUUGUAUGUGCCAGGGUCCCAGAGCGCAUACAAAGCAAGUGUUUAUGGACAUCUGGUAGGCGAAAUUAUCCGACGAAUUACGGGAAAAUCAUUGAGCCAGUUCAUUACCGAGGAGAUCACAACGCCUUUGGGGGCUGACUUCCAGCUUGGUCUGCCUGAGGAGGAAUGGCCCCGAAAUGCUCAUAUCAUUCCUUUCCCACUGGAAGAAGUGAUUCCUCUUACUGCUUUUGAUCCCACUAGUUUCUUGGGUCGGGUCCUCCGAGGGUCUUUGGUGUAUCCUACGAUGCCCAAUGAGCCUGUCUUCCGGAAGUCCGAAAAUGGAGCCAUGGGUGGCUACUCAAAUGCGCGUGCCUUAGCACGUAUUGGAUCUGUGGUCUCCCUGGAUGGUAUCGUCGAUGGUAAAAGGUACCUUUCUCCUCAAACCAUCGAUGAGAUGAUGAAAGAGCGAAUCAGAGGCUUCGAUCCCUGUCUCAAUGGCAAGAUACGCUUCGCCCUCGGAGUCGCUUUGCCAUGGAGCGAAAGCUUAGUUUCUUUAAUUCCAGAAGAAGAUGGAAUGUGUUUCUGGUCAGGCUAUGGAGGAUCUUUUACGAUUAUGGAUCGCCGCCGGCGGAUGACCAUAGCAUACACCAUGAACAAGAUGGAGAAUCGGGUGAGCAGCAACUCAAAUUUCGACGCGUACUUUCCUGAGAUGUACAAGGGGUUUGAGAGAUAUAAUGCCUCGACUUGA